CUGUGGGGUUGAAGAACCUGUUCUGCAGCUCGGUGUGACCAGAUCCGGUUCACUUUACAGCUGUGACGCAGGCGUCAACACACAAUCUUUGACUUAUUUAUUAAAGUAAUUAAUUUACCGGGACUAACAUGUGACACACUGAACAGCACAUUGCAUCUGUAAAUCAUGUAUACUCCAGCGGCUGAUACAGGUGUGACAGUGGUGGAGAAGGAUGCAACUUUAAGCAGUGCUUACUCGCCUGUGGACUAUAUGAGCAUCACCAGCUUCCCUAGAUUACCAGAAGAUGAUACACUCUCAUCAGACAACACCCUCAAAUCACGCAAAGAUGAUGAUAACUUCCUCAGUGAGCAGGACACAGACCCUGAUCUGUUCCUGAAGUCUGCCCGACUACAGCGGUUGCCCUCUUCAGCCUCCGAUUUGGCGAGUCAUAAUAUCUCACCGCUGAGAGAGACCACCAAAGACCCUCUGGCUCAAGACUGCGCAUGUACGCGAGAUGGCCUUACCGUCAUUAUCACGGCCUGCCUAACCUUUGCCACAGGGGUCACUGUGGCCCUCAUUAUGCAGAUCUACUUUGGUGACCCACAGGUGUAUAAUCAGGCUGCAGUGGUGACGGAUGUGGCGCGCUGCACGUCUCUUGGCUUUGAUGUUCUGGGCAAACAAGGGUCCAGCGUUGAUGCUGCCAUAGCCGCCUCCCUCUGUCUAGGCAUCAUCCACCCCCACACAUCAGGCAUCGGCGGGGGUGGCGUGAUGCUCGUCCAUGACAUCCGUAAGAAUGAGAGCCGUGUCAUUGAUUUUCGUGAGACCGCACCCUCUGCCAUUCACCAGGACUUGUUGUUAAAUGUUAAUCAAAAGUCAGGUCUGUUGGUGGCUGUUCCAGGCAUGCUUAGUGGGUUACAUCAAGCUCAUCAGCUAUAUGGAAGAAUGCAUUGGAAAGAUGUCAUCACCAUGGCUGCAGAUGUUGCAAGAAAUGGAUUUAAUAUUACACAUGAGCUGGCGGAUGCGUUGUCUAAAGUGAAGGACCACAAUGUGUCUGAUGCAUUCAGAAAACUGUUUCUGCCUAACGGUCAGGCUCCUCUAGCAGGGCUUUUCAGUAGACGCCUGGAUUUAGCUGCUGUUUUGGACAGGAUUGCAGCCAAUGGGAUCUCAGAGUUCUACAAUGGGAAUCUGACUCAGGAAAUUAUAUCAGUGGUUCAAGCGAAAGGUGGCGUGCUUACAGAAGAGGAUUUCAAAAACUAUUCUACUGUUCUACAAAAGCCACUUCAGAGUCUUUACCAGGGUCACCAGGUGUUUGCCGCUCCUCCACCUCACGCGGGAGCCGCCCUCCUCUCCACUCUGAACAUCCUGGAAGGGUUUAACAUCACAAACCAGCUGCCACGGAACAUACUUUACCACUGGAUAGCUGAGUCUCUGAAAAUCGCAUUGUCUCAGGCAAGUGGAUUGGGAGACCCCAUGUUCAACUCAUCCGUCUCUGAAGUGCUGGAUCAAAUGCUCAGUAAAACACAGGCUGGUGUGUUCCGUCAAAUGAUCAAUGAUUCACUCGCGUAUGCUGCUGAACACUACACGUCGUCCUAUGAGCUGCAGGAGGGCACCGUUGCCAGCCAGAUCAUGAUCAUGGGCACUGAUGACUUGAUUGUAUCUGUUAUGAGCUCACUGAAUCGGCCCUUUGGAAGUGGUAUUGUGACGCCCUCCGGGAUUCUCUUGAACAGUCAGAUUCUGGACUUCUCUUGGCCAAAUAAAGCUCCCGGCUCAGCACCAUUCAAUCCGCAUAACAGCAUUGAACCCAGGAAAAGGCCCGCCUCCUUCCUGUCGCCAAUCGCAUUGAGGCCGUCUAUAGGCCUGUGUGGGACCUACAUCGCUCUGGGAUCCUCUAAUGGUGACCGGGCAAUUAGUGGCAUCACUCAGGUUUUGAUUAAUGUUCUAUCAUCACGCAAAAAUAUGAGUGACAGUGUUUCGUAUGGCAGACUGCAUCCUCUCAUCCAAAAUAACACUCUCCUGGUGGACUCUAAGUUUCUUGACGCGGAUAUGGAGUUUCUCUUACUGAAGGGCCACAAGGUGCAGAAGGUGGACAUCAUCUCACUGGUUGAAGGAACGAGGAGAACCAAUGACCUGAUCAUAGGUGUGAAGGACCCAAGAAGCACUGAUGCAUCUGCACUGUCCAUGUCCAUGCCCUAGAUUUCAACGUGACUUUCCCCGCUCUGUGCUGUGUGUAGACCGCUGUGGGUCUGUCUUAGAUACUGUUUGUGCAAUAAACAGGGGAGUUAAGAGGUUUUAAUAUAAGCAGAGAGCAGUAAGGGAAGAAUGAAGUGUUGAAAAACAACUAAAGAUGUUGGAUAUGUUGGGUCCAUGUUUGCUAGAUGGAAAUGAUGCACCCUCUAUCCCUGCUUCAAACACAGUUGGCAUGCACGCACACAAUUGUGACUGCUUGUAAAAGGCUAUAUGAUAUCAGUAUGUUUUUCAUUAUUUAGCUAAAGAAUAUGAAAACCACAAUGGCACACAGGCUUAUGAUAUGUGAACACACAGGACAGAAAAUGGCAAGUCCAAUUUUUACAUAAUUUGAGCAUUUGUUAACUGCUUCUACGUGUACACUACCAGUCUAAAGUCAAAACAUACCUAUACAUCGUUAGUAUUUUCCACAACUAUGAAAUAACACAAAAAAUAAUUAUAAUAUUUGUAUUUAUAUAGCAGCUUUCCAAAGAUUAAGGACAAUUUAAAAUAAAUGAGUCAAAGCAGAAAUCAAACAUAGGGGGGAAAAGAAAACAAGAGCAAAUUAAUUGUGCACAAUAAGACAAGCAACAGGCAGAAGUAUUAAUUAAAAAAUAAUAUCAGAAAGAGAAGGGCAUGAUUCAUGACAUGUAAGGGGGGAGGGGUCAGUUGUAACACCUAUGUUAUGGACAGUCUUAGCAUGUUUCAAAAAUAUCGAUGAAGAAAUCAGAGUAAUUGGAAUUUAGAGUUUGAGGUCCAUCAAUAUUUAUGCAUUGGUAGGGUUUAUUUAUUAGACAAUUGGAGUUCAUCCACUCAUUAAUAUCAAUGAUACAUACUGUUGUAUGUAUUCUGUUGAUGGAUUCUGUUGUAUGGAUUCUGUUGAGUGGGUGCCUAGAUAAAUCAAUGUAACUGUGAUAACAAUGACCAUUAUGACAAAUUAUAUGAAUUAAAUGCAGAUAGAUGGAGAAGAGAAGAGGACCUAAGACAGAACCUUGAGGGACACCUUGUGAACAAUUCUGCAUAAACCAAUAGAUGCAGAGAUGACAUAUAGAAGUACAUGGGAAUUACUGUAUGUAGUGACCAAAAAAUGUUAAACAAAUAUUAUUUUUGAGCUUUUUCCAAUUAUCAACACUUUUGUCUAGAUCACAGCUUUGCACACUGGUCAUUCUCCCAAGCAACUUCAUGAGACGCUACCUGAGAUGCUUUUAAAAAGUUCACAUGCAUGCUGAGCACUUAUUGGCUACUUUUCCAUCAUUAUCUAGCAACAAAUGCUACUCAAAAGAAAAGAAAGUGGUUUUGUAAAGAAAUUCCUAAUAUAAUUUCAAGCAUUUAAGUGUAAGCCUUUAAGAUUAAAAUGUCAUCAAAAGAAUGUUCUGGGUUCAAAACAAGUUAAGCACAAUUGACGGCAUUUGUGGCAUACAAAUUUUUCAAUCAUUAUCUCGUCCCUUGUUUAUUUAAAAAAGCAAAAAUUGCAGUUAUAGUAAAGCACAAUGGAAGUGAAUGGGGCCAGUCUGUAACAUUACUAUGCACUGUUUCAAAAGUAUAGCCACACGUAUAUCACACUUAACACCAUGGAAAGGUAUAAUGCUUAUAUUGUGUGGCUAUAUUUUGGAAACAGUGUGUAUUUUAGUGUUUAUGGACUGGUCCCAUUGUAAGUACCUUAAUGUAACCACUAUUUUUGCUUUUUUUUUUUUUAUUAUUUAUUUGUGGUAACCAACAUUAUGCACUUGUAUUUAACCUGGAAUAAUCUUUAAGCAUGCAAAACAUAAAUUCAGUCAAAUGUGUACAAACUUUUAAUUUGAAGUGUAUGUUUUAGUAUGUCUUUUUACUUCCAUAAUUACUGAUACCUGGAGGAUUGUGUAGGGUAGCAUAUUGCUCAUUCCAGGGUACUAAGGAUUCAUAUCUUAAAUGUGAGGACUUACUUUUACAAAUAAGGGUAAAUGUUGCAAUAAUGUUGAAUGAAGGUGAAGCUACCAUUAAAGCCAUGUGUGAUUAUUACUGAUUCUGCAGUGACAACAAGGGUAAUCCCCUCCCCCCUUUAUAAAUAUAUGUUUUUGAGGGUUUGGCUAUUAUGUUAUGAAAAUGGUCAUCAUAAUCUUAUGAGCAAAUGAAUACUUCUAGCAUUAAGGAAAUGUUUAAAUGAAAAGUAGCUGAGCAAAUGUACAAACAUCAAUGUCAGGUGUAAAAUAUUAAUAAAAUAAGAUGGAUAUACUUAUAAUUACACGUCUUACAUCUUCACAUCUAUUUAAAUGAAUGGUAUUGUUAUUUGCUCCAGUACAGAUAUUGUUUCAUAUUUUGAAUUGCUGAUGUAAUUUUGCUAAUGUAAUGUAAAAUGGCAUACUUUCCAGAUGUAAUUUUGUUUCAUGUCUUCUGGAUACUUUCACGUGGCAACAGUGAGCUGAAUGAUUUGAUAGUAUGUUAUGCACAUGCUUUUCUUCUAAUUGACAGUCAGUUAAAUAUUUAAAGUGAUGUUACUGCUUCCUGUUAACGGGAAUUUUGUGUUUUAUGCUAGUUGAACGCUGUUGCUUGAUAUUGCACUGUAUCAGCAUCAGUGUUGUAAAUUUCAGUUUCUGCAAACAAGAAUAAAUGUAGUUUUCAUUAUUUCCAAUUAGUGUACCAUGCAGUCAAAUCAACAUCUUGUAUUUUAAACUAACUAGUUUAUGUCAUGAACAAUAAACAAAGGAGAAGUGGAUAUGUCUUCUAAUUACAUAUGAGCUCAAGUCAGGGGAGUUGCUAAACAUAAAGCUCUAAUGGGGCACGGGCCCCCCAUUUCUCAUAUCGCUUAUUUUUUCUUCUUGAAAGCCUGCUGCGUGCAAGAAGCUUGCAACACAGUGCACUAUACAAACUUCCCUUGCUUAACCCACUAUUCCUACACUGCAACAAGUACUGGGAAAUGUAAACAUGUAGAGAUAUUAAUCUUUAUGAAAAUAUUUAAGUAUCUUCAACAUACUGUAUAUGAAAAUUUUUAACAUGUUUUACGGCAUAAAAUGCAUACACUAUGCAAAUAACAAAACCGGAGAAAAUUUACUUGCACAUUUGCAUUCUUCUAUAUUACACAUUACAUAUCAGGAAAACCUCUGUCAAGUAAGUCAAUGGAAUUGCAUUAUCCAACAUCAGGCAAAACAGCCUCAGAUGAAACAGAUUUAGACAAAAAGGUCUCAGAAUGAGCAGAGAGUUGGUCGCUAGGUAGAGUUGGUAGAUAAACUAGCUGAGUUUGGUUGCUAGCUUGCAAACUAGCUGAGCUAUCUCUAAUUUUAUGAAUGCAGAAGUGUCAUUUCUAUAAAUUAAUAACUAGCUAGCUAACAUAAUUGGUGUAAGUUUAAACUGAUGUUUGAAACUCAUUAAGUUUACUUGCAACAACAACUCGAAACAAGCCAAACUAAAGUCUUUAUAGUCGCUAGGUAAUUAGCACACAGCAGCCAUAGUCCCUGACAACUGUUUAUGUAGUGUCCUAAACUAGUGCUAGCAAAUUAAAUAAUUAAUUUCAUAUCCAAAAGAUUGAUUCAAUGUUAUCAUAAUCAAAGACAAUACUACAGAACACAACAAUGUGUUUAUU